AUGGGAAGAGAGCCAACCAGUGCCAGUUGCCAUACAUGUCGUCGUCGCCGGAUCAAGUGCGACAAGAGGAAGCCGUCGUGCGGUCAGUGUCAAAAGUCUCAGCAUGAGUGCCUGGGAUAUGAAAAGAUCCUCCGAAUCCAAAGCCAUGGAGUCGGAUCGAGCAAACAGCCUGGCCGUUCAAGCUUGGUCAAGAUAGGCCAAUCGGGUUCAUAUCCCACCAAGGAGUCAACCGAAAAUGACGAUAAUUCUCAACUUCAUGGCCUUGAUCGAGGCGGGAGAUGUAGACAGAAGAAACCCCAGGAGCAACAGAUCACCGGCGAUGCUUCACCAACAGCUGCAACACCACAAUCACAGAAUCUCGAUACUCACCUUCCGCAACCUCUAAUCAGCCAGACCAUGCAACUAAGCCUGGACCCAUUCAUCGACAGCAUCGCCUUCUCCUACUUUUUCGAUGCCUACAGCUGGAUCAACAUUCACAGCAUCUUCCUUCAAGAUACCCCGAUGCGCCAGCAUCUCACUGAGCAGAGAGACGAGCUGGGCUAUGAUAGCCUUCGUGCGCUGGCAUAUGGAAUCUUUGGUCGAGAUCACCAGGUCCAAAGCCUGCAGCGAAAAGGCGAGCGGAUCUACGGCACAGCUCUCCAGAAGUUGCAAGCAAAGCUCAUCACAGCAUCCAAAUCGGAGUUGGCAGCUCUCAUCAAGCCCAUAUCCGUCAUGGGAUCCUAUGCGAUUGCUGUCGACUCCGAUCUCCGCUUUAUUCACCAUCAAGGGCUGGCUCGUAUUCUAGAACAUUGCGGGCCAGAAUACUUCCAAGACCCUUCGAUUUUACCCGUAUUCGAGUCUUGUAGAUUCACAAUGCUUGCCAAUGCGCUGGUUCAAAGGCAGGGCACGUUUCUCGAUCAGGAGCGGUGGAGGACAGUACCAUGGUCGGCGUGUCCCGAGACGAAGACUGCCACAAACAAGCUUCUCGACAUAAUCUCCAGUCUUCCCGCCCUCUUCCAAAAGACUGACAAAGUUCUCAAUGAGCGCUCUCAAUGGGUCGCGGGUAAUUCGAACAUCAUUCGUGAGGAAACCUCAAGCACAGUUUCGGAUCUGCAAGCGCAACUAGAGUCCAUGCUCUUGGACCUAAUUGCGUGGCGCUAUCACUGGUCCCUGGAUAACUUCCCCACAGCGCAGAAUAUUCUCGAUUGGGCAUUGUUUCGAGUCAGCGAUGAAUCGUACCGGCCUGGCAUCUCUCAUGUCCAAGGCCCAGACGUGUAUGGGUUGAACCUCGGCACGACCAUUGGCCUAGAUAUUCCCUUUGGGCCAACUAACGAUGCUCACAAAGAUCUUGAUGCGAAUUCCGAUACUUUUGCUUUGAUGCAAGAGGCUGCUCUAUACAUAACGGCCCUGAUUACCUUGGAACGACUGCAGAAAAACCUCGCCGGCGCCGCUCGUGCCGCAGACGCGAUUGACUUUUAUAACGCGCCCUUUUUUUCUACAUGCCGAUGCUACUUUGACAAUCCCGGACCAUCACGAAUUUGUCAAAUAUUUCCAGAACCAAGCGACAACAUUAGCACCGCUGCAUCGUGGAACAUUAAUUCUGCAAGAAUAGCCGAAUCUCCCAUUAGAUCAUUAAGCAGCGACAACAGUGGAGCUGCUCCCAAGCCGACAGCUCAUUCGCUCGAUGAAGACUCCAUCUUGGGCGCCACCGGAACGAUGCUUCUACCUGGAGAUGGUCGCUUCUCUGCACAGCUGCGCAUCUUGAAUUGGCUGAUUAAACAUCUGCCAGAGAGUCGAGCCCAUGUUUUAGGCACGCUCGCUGCAAUGGGGCUGAGUCACUGCGUCCAUGACGUUCGCCCAUCGGAGGGGAAUGAGUAUAUUGCCGACACCGUCCGUGAGACCAUGAUGAAGUCGAGAUUUGGAGAUGCGGCAGAAGUCUUGCUGAAGAGAUAUCGGUGA